AUGCUGUUCUCAUCGAAAAUCUUGCUUCCAACGGUUUUCCUUCUGCUCUGUGCAACAACAGUGGCAGUGGAUCCACUUGAUUUCCUAUUCAGCUCAAACAUGGCUCGUUACCCGAGAUAUCGUCCGAUUUCUUCAUCCGCUGCAUCUAUCACACCGGAUCUUGGAAAGAGAGCUCCACCUGGUUGUGUUUGCACAGAAUUUCUUGGCUGCCAUGGACCUGGAUGUAUGCGUCGAAUGUAUCCAAAGGCUUGAAUCGUUAACUACUCCAUUCAUAAUUGUUUCCAUCUUUAAUUACCAACCAAGUUUGAGAACAUUUUCAAAAUACAGUGACAACAGAACAUCAUUGAAUAAAAUACAUUGUUAAUGAA